AUGUGGAAGCAACAUCGGGAAUCGAUCCUAAAGACGUUGCAGAACUGUGGUCUCAACCUGUACUGCUUCUACAGCAGAGAUAGAGAUCAAAUCUUGGUAAAGAUCGGAGCUGGUGCGCAGAAGCUUCGAGACACCGCUGCAAGGAAGCGAUACAAGCUUCAGCUUAAGAAGGAGUAUUUGAGUGCCUUUGCCGAGUUCCGGCACGACUAUCCGGGAAGGCCGGAGUUCCGCUUCGCUGACCGGCGCAUCAUCUCGCACAUUUACCAAACACACACGGAGGACAAUCUGGACGGCAGCGGCAUCUUCAAGACGGUCGACAAGAUCCAGCUGAUCUCCCACAUCAUCCAAUCCAAGGACAAAGACUGUGCAGGCAUCAACGUAGCGAAGCUCUUGCACCAAAAAGAGGUGAAGGCCUUCUUCCCAUUGCAUGAACAGUCCGUCAUGGAUAAGAUCAAGUCGCUCCAGUUCAAAUGGUUCUGGCCUGACGAAGAGCACGCAAAUCGGCUGCGGGACUACUUCGGUGACAAGAUCACCUUCUACUUCUUGUGGAUGGCCUUCUAUGUGAAGUGGCUCUCGCCGCUGGCGUGCCUAGGCUCCCGAGUCUUGAUAAUUCCAGCAACAACGAACAUGCGAAGUCUGGAGAUGGCAGGCCUUUUCCUUCAAUUCAUUGACUGGUGUGCGUGUGGCUUAGACAUUCUUCAGACGGCGUUGACCCUCGCGUUUGUAACCGCUUCAGCAUUGUCUCCUCAGGCACGGACGCCCGACAAUGUGACGGCGAUCCCUUUUUGCGUACUCCCUGUGUUGCUUGGUGUGCUGUAUUUGGUCUGUGAUGUGAAUAGCCACUGGCUUCAUGACAGGCUCCGCCGAGACACUAUGGCCUCCCUUUCCCACCUGGAGCGAGCUGAAGAGUUGGAGGCCAAAUGUGCCAUUAGCUGGGGAUCCAUGGACUUGGUUGCCAGCUCAGUCACGACGGUCACGAUACCCAGAAAAAAUCCCAGAAACGGACUAUACGCCGAACCUCCCGAGGUCGAGCAGCUUGAGCCACACCGGCCAGAGCACACGGGAGAACAGCUCAUCAACCCCGUGACUUCGCAGGCUUUGACUUGGAUUUCUCUGCUCCGAGCAGUGAGCUGUGGCUUUCAGGCAGAGCCACACUAUCCGCUUUCCAAGCGCAUCUUCAAGUGCGCUUGGGGCGUCUGCAGCCGCAGAACCUGUGAAGAAGACAGAUGGUUUGACUUGCGGUUGCUGGUGCUUUUGCUUGCCUCGGCUCAAGAAGGAAGCUAA